AUGCCGCCCAAACGGGAAGAUAGUCAGCUGUCGCAGGACAGUGUAAUGACAGUGACGCAGGAGGACCGACACGAGAUUCUGUACUUUGCGUAUGGAAGCAAUUUAUCCACAGUGCAGAUGAGGCAGCGGUGUCCCUACUCGACGCCCAUUGGAAUCGGACAUCUCGACGGAUGGAAGUGGCUGAUCAAUGAGAGAGGGUACGCGAAUGUUGUCAAGGUUUCUGGAUCCGAGGCAAAAUCGUCCGAGGGCUCGUUGGGGGAUAAGGGUAAGGGGAAGGAAUGGGGUGUUUACGGACUCCUCUAUCUUCUUCCACCGGAUGACGAGGCGAAGCUUGACACGUACGAGGGUGUGCCGUGGGCAUAUGAGAAGAUGACUUGUGAUGCGCGAUGGGUGAGGGAUGGCCAGGGGAAGGUGUUGGAUGAGCCGGUGAAGACGUUGGUGUAUGUUGAUACGAAGAGGGUAGGUGAGAGUGUGCCCAAGGAGGAGUAUGUGGAGAGGAUGGAGAGAGGCAUCGAGGAUGCGGUUGAUAAUUGGGGAUUAGACAGGGAGUAUGCGACGAAGGUGAUGAGGAGGUUUUGGAAAUGA